UACUCUAUGCCAAAAUACUUGGAAACGAUUGGUUAGUAGAUUCUACACUAGCGUUCGUUCGCGUUCCGAAAACGCCAAAUUCGCUUUCAAGUUUCAAACCAAAAUGGAGGAUUUGUCCGUCGAGGUGUACGGUGAAAAUGGUGCUUAUUAUAAGGCCAUUGUCACCGACGUGCUCGACAACGAGGUUCUCGUAGCCUUUGAAAAUGACUGGCAACCGGAAUCAAAAUUCCCCUUCUCCCAAGUAUUUCUACCACCGAAAGACACUGGAAAACAUACAGAGUUUGUGGAGAACCAGGAGGUGGAGGUUUUUGCGAGGUCAAAUGAAAAGGAGGCAUGUGGCUGGUGGACGGCCAAUAUCAAGAUGAUAAGGGGCGAAUUCCUCGUAAUAGAAUAUUUAGAAUGGGACAACUGCUACACGGAAAUUGUGCCAAAGGACCGCCUCAGAGUGAAGACGCCCAAAACUCCGAUUGACAAGAGCACCUUCAACAAAUUCGAAAUUUCUGUACCCGAUGAUCUCAAAGACUACCUUCACGACAUGCACAGCGCGAAGGUGGAGAACGCGCACAAGGAGUUCCAGAAGGCGAUCGGCGCCGCGCUGGUGUGGUACGUGCCCGAGCGCACCGCCCUCGCCGUCAUCUCGCGCUGCGACUCCUCGCAGCGCCGCGCGCAGAUGCUGCAGGAUAUGCACUUUAGGAAUCUAACUCAAAAGCUGUUAUUGCUGAAAAAGACUGAGGAAGCGGCAAGGCAAUUAGAGUCCACCAAAAUUCAUAAUCAGGGAGGCCCAGACCAGUAUUCGAGAUAUUCUCGGCCGGGCAACGAACACGGCACGGGGGAUCCCAAUUGGUACACAGACGAGUUCAGCGUCCGCGAGGACUUGAUGGGGCUAGCGAUCGGCACGCACGGCGCGAACAUACAGCAGGCGCGCAAGGUGGCCGGCGUCACCAACAUCGAGCUCGAGGAGGUCUCCUGCACCUUUAAGAUCUGCGGCGAGAGCGUGGAGGCGGUGCGGGCGGCGCGGUCGCUGCUGGAGUACGCGGAGGAGUCCAUCAAAGUGCCGCGCGCCCUCGUCGGCAAGGUCAUCGGCAAGAAUGGCAAGGUCAUACAGGAGAUCGUCGACAAGAGCGGCGUCGUCCGGGUGAAGGUAGAGGGUGACAAUGAACCGCAGCCGUCGGCGCCGCGCGAGGAGGGCAUGGUGCCGUUCGUGUUCGUCGGCACGCGCGAGAACAUCGCCAACGCCAAGGUGCUGGUCGAGUACCACGUCGCGCACCUCAAGGAGGUGGAACAGCUGCGCGCGGAGAAGCAAGAGAUCGACCAGCAGCUGCGCGUGGUGAUGGGCGGCGCCGGCGCGCAGUACCCGCCGCCGCGCGGCGCCCCGCCCGCGCGCGCGCGCCGCGCCCGCCCGCCGCCCGCGCGCUACCUGCCAGGUGGGCGGCGCAUGACUCCCGAGUUGGGCGAGGAGCGGACCGGCGAGCGUGGCGACAGCGGCUAUCGGCCGCGUGGAGGACGAGCGGGACCGCGGAGCAAUAGGUCGAGCGAGCGUGGUGAGCGUGGUGAGCGCGGCGAGCGCGGUGAUCGUGGCGAGCGGACGGAGCGCGGGGAGAGGGGCGAGCGCCGCGCGGGCGGCGCGGGCGGCGCGGGCGGCGCGGGCGGCGCGGGCGGCGCGGGCGGCGAGGAGCGGCGCGUGCCCGUCGAGAACGGACGCCCGCACCCCGCGCGCGCGCCGCGCCCGCCCGACGCACGCGCGCAGAGUGGCAGACGACGCGAGGACAGGCGGCGGCAAACUGAUGAUGAGAGCUCCGUGCUAGACAGCCAAGACGUCUCCAGUGCCGAUAGAGAGUCCGCCACGUCCGACGAGGGCCGCGCCGCGCCCGGGGCCGCCGCCGCCCGCCGCCGCCGCCGCAAGAAGCAAGGAGGUGGGUGGAAGAACGGCGUGAGCGGCGGCGGCGGCAGCGGCGGCGGCGGCGGCGGGCCGGCGGCGGCGGCGGGCGGCGCGGCGGGCGAGGCGGGCGCGGCGGGCGCGGCGGGCGGCGCGGCGGCGGGCGGCGAGGCGGCGCGCGACAAGCGGCCGGCGGCCAAGCGGCGCUCGCCGCUGGCGAAGCCGAAGCCCGAGCCGAUGCUGAACGGCACCGCGUAGAGGCCCGCGCGGCGCCCGUGCACGCUCGGGGCCGCGGCCCCACGCCGGCCGGCCGCCGGCCGCCCGCCGGCCGCCCGCGGACUUGACCCGACAGCCCUGACUUGACGCCGAGCGAGGCAGACAUUGUAUCCUAACGUUACGUACGGCGGCGCGGCGGCCGCGACCACCCGGCCCCGCCCGCCCCUAGACUUACUCGUAUUAUGCUUUUAUAAGAGAUUCGUGAUUUGUAUUCCUGAUUAUUCGAUAAAUAUGAAAAAUUAAAGAUGUGUACGUCGCUCCCCGGACGAUACGCGCCGAUCGCGGCCUUUCGGUACCUUUAUGGGAGAUCGGACAUAGCGCAGUACAUACGUGUGUCGUAGCCUGUACUCUGUGGUUAUGUGAUUUCCUAUAAAAUAAACAUUUCUGUACAUAUUUUCAA